AUGCAAAGAACCGACAUUUUCUUUUGUUUUGUCCAUUUCGAUGUGCAUUUCUCUUCCUCUACUUGUCCUUACGUGAUACGCAAAUCUACAAUUGAAUUCGCAAGGAUGGACCGAUUAAUCCAAUUAUUCUCCUCUUCCUUACUUGUGAUUGUAACCAUUUCCUUUUCUACUAUAUUCUCUCUCUCUCUCUCUCUCUCUCUCUCUCUCUCUCUCUCUCUCUCUCCUCGCUUUUCCGACCAAAACAUUCUUCUUCUUCUUCUUUUUCUUCUUCUUUUUCUUCUUCUUCUUCUUCUUGCCAUCCGUUUUUUCGUCGUCUUCUUUCUUUAUCUUCAGGUUUCUUUUUCAUUUUUCUUUUUAAUCUCUCUUUACCUUCUUUUCUUAUUCUUCCUCUUCUUUCUUUCUCCUCGCUGUCUUCUUUUUCUCUUUCGCUUCUUUCAAUCUUCUCAUAAUCAUAUUCUCUUAGUUAUUCACUUUCUUGAAAUUUGUUUCUUUAUUUCACCAUUAAUAUUUCUCUUUACAAGUCUUGGAUAUGUUGCAUCGGGUGGUCUUCAAAUGUCACUUUUCACGCAUCACCUCGCGAAGAUUGCAACAGUCAGUCUCGCACAGGUCUGA